UCAAAAUAAAAACUAAUUCAUGUGGAAAUAUGCCUCCAGACCUAAAGUACAGAUCCACACUCACUUAAAACUCGCCCCUCCAGCAUUUUUGGCUCGGCCCCAAAUGUCUUGAGUGUGUAGCAGCAGCCCUGCACCGUUAUGUCUGCUGCAUUGAUACAAGACAAAUUUAAAACAUUAGCAUUGCUUGGCCUAAGUCACAACACGUUAUUUCUUCUGAUGGCUGUGUGGUGGAUUUCUUUAAAAGGGCUGGGCAAAACCAUGUCCAGUUUUACAUUGGGUGAGGUUAUUCCCUUAGCAGCAUCUUGUCAAAUGACCUAAACAAGCGUGGCUAUUUGCCGAGAAGCUCAGCAAAUAAGUUGAUCUUGCAAUGCUAUUUAUGCCGUCAAUGCAACCUAGCACUUAGUAACCUGUUGACACUAAAAUAGUGAUGCCAUUUAAUUGGUGUGUUUAUUUGCUGAUCAAGCAGCUCAGCAAAUAAUUCAUUAUUGUGUAGUUAUUUACUGAGCAGUUUGACAGUCAGUCAAAAUAGUAACUUACUGUUAUUUAGUUAAGAACUUAUAAAUUGGCAGAACCCCACCUUAUCGUAAAGGAUGGUAACAAACUGCCAUGAAAUAGUGAUGGCAAGACCGUUACCACACACUGCUUGAUAAAUGGGAGCUAAGAAGGUAGUAACCUAUUGUUUCAUAAUUAGUUCAGAACUAUUUAUAAACUAACCUUCGUGGCAGUCACAUACGCCUGCUUCUGCCCUGUAUGUUUUUGUUCAUUUGUACCUCUGUGGUGAAGUGGUUAGCACACCUAUGAAUCUGCAGGCCUUGGUUAAAAUCCUAUCCCGGGCAGUCGGUGCGCCCUCCACUCAACUAUGUAUCCUCCCAAUUAGGCUAAUUGAUAAGUGGGUACCUGAAGAAACCUAGGAAAGGUAAACUGUUUUAAUCCAGAUGCUGCACUUGCCCUGUGUCCUUGUGUAAUGGGUUACUACCCACCACAGGCUCAUGGUCUAAUGUGACAGAGAUGAGCAUCGAGGUCAUGUGCAACUUCAGCAUAUGCCCCCAACUUUACCAAAGCAUGGAUUCCGAACGUGAGAAGUUCCGCACCUACAUAGAGAAGACUGGGGUGAUGUCUGCCCUGACGGACGCUCUGGUGCAGCUGUACGAGGAGCAAGAACGGCCAUCUGAUGCCCUGGGUCACAUUAAAAAAACUCUGGGUUCCGUGACUCCCUCCAUCCAGCACUGCCAUAUGUUGGAGGAGACGAUCAAGGAGCAGGAAGCCAUCAUUGAGAACCAGCACAUCCAGAUCAGUGAGCUCACAGCGGAGGUGAAGAACCUGCGUGAACUCCUGCCACAUUUGGAGAACCGAGGGUCUGAGGCAGGAGCAGGAGCAGUUCCACCACCAGCAACCACAGCUCCUUCUAGACCCUCUAAUGAAACUCCCCGCAACUCUUCUUGAGCUCUCUUAAAGGCAGGUGGUGAAGUAAAGGUUGUUGCAAGAGGAUUUCCUAUAAUUUUCGGAGGAGCUUCUAUUUUCCUUUGUCUCGAUGUAAUUUUUAUAGCCUAAGUGUUUUCCCCUUAAAAGUCAACAUGGCUGUCUUCAUCUUGUCACUUCUCUGUAUUGCCUCACAAUUACUGUCAUUUGCAAACUUGAUACUAUUUCAUUCUAUUUAAAUACUAUUAAAAAAAAUGAGCACACCAUCAGUACAUCUACAGAUUAUAUAGUUAAGUAAUGUGAUUAUUAUUUCAUUACAGUGUCAGUCAGUCAGUCAGUUGGUCAGUCUGCAGCACAACUGUUUUGAGCGUCAAGUCACAAAACAGACGGCUUCAAUCUGUUUACUUGUAUACUUACUUUUUGAUGGUUAAGAUAGAUAGUAAUAGAAUGCGUACCUCAUUAUACAGAAUUCUUGUUUACUUAUGUUGAGAAUACACAUAGUAACCUACACACACACACACACACACACACACACACACAGGCACAAAGCUAUACACUGCCCAUAAAAAGACAAAAUACAAGUUAUUGUUGUAAUAAUUUUUUCCCAAUCAUGACUGGUCCAUAUCAGUCUCUGUAAUCAAGGAAGUAAUGAAACAAAGAUAGUAAAAAAUAAAAGAAAAAUAUAAAAUUGAACAAAACUGAAGUGACUCCUUGGGAAUUUAGUAAAUAUUAUAAUUCACCAUAUUGUAAAUUAUUCUUAAACAAGCAGUUGAAUAACCAAUUAAUUUUGAGAGGAUAGAAUUGUAUCAGUUGUACAGAAAAAGGAGUAAAAUAUGAUGUGACUGCAAAAAUAAUGCCAUCACUGUUCAAACUGGUGCUAAAAAUUCAUAAAAAAACAGGAUAUCUAAGCACUUAAAUCCCUGUAAGUAAGAAUGUUUUACCAACUUGUCUUCUGUCAUGCUCAGUGGCAAGAUCAGGAGCUUUUUGAGGCCGAGGUCAGUCAGUUGUCUAAGGAAGGAGUCAUUGCCUGGAGCCCGUUUAGUCACCUCAGUGCUGGGGAGCUUCAGUAGUGUGUUAAAUUUACAGUUCCAAAGUGGGAGGCAUUGAUCCCUCCUGCCUCCCCCCUCCAAUGCUCUAUUUAUUUAGUGACAGUAAAAUUAUUAUUGCCAUUUUUAAAGUAAUAAAGAAUAAACAUCUUUUGGUAGAGGUAAACAUAGUAUGUAGUGACAGCCUAAAAUCAUGUUGGGCAAGUAAUUUUGCUAAAUAGUAUUGGCAUUUGUUUUUUUAACAAUAAUUAUUGAUUCAUUCAUCUUUGUUUCUUGUUUCAGUAAUAGUUGCAACAGGAGGAUGAUAAAUAUUAAAUAUGAAUUGUUAAUGCAGUCAUUAGUCAGUGUAAGCUCCAUGAUGAAUAUCAGACACAUCAGUGAUCAUUUUCUCAUGACAAAUUUUCCCUUGUGGUAAGGCUGUCUGUGGAUGUACUUUGUGUGAUCCCACCUGACUUGUAUACCUUUAAGUGUUAGGAAGAUGGAGGCUUAUUUUUAUAUACCAUUAUAUUAGAUUAACUCAAUAAAAAUUCUCCAACUAUGAAAAUGUA